CGGAUCUAUUCCACCCCACUCCGCCAUCCUCCAGCCGCCACAGCUCAAUCUCUAUUGCUUACGGCACCCCUCCUCGGCGCUUGCUAGACGGGGGGCCAGACUCGGCCCUCCUCUCGCGCUUCUCGGAAUGCUCGUCUGACACGGGAUGGACAUGUCACAGAACAUGACUGCUCCUGUCACGACCAGCCGUCCAUGCGUCCUACUCUUCAAGGGCGCAGCUGAUCCCAUGCCCCACGAGCUAAGAAUGGAAAAAGAGGUAAAGGCUGGUCUGCAUGGCCUGCUGCAUGCUAAUCGCGAUCGGUUCACGGCCCACGGACGUUGGAAGGGCCGUCGAAGCGCCGAGGGCCGAAGAGGGGUACGCCUCGUGCAUGCCAACGCCAAGAUGGGCCCGCCCAGGCCCCACCCCCGCGCCCAGCCCUCACGCCAGCUCUCGGCCCCUCGGCCCCUCGGCCCCUCACGCCUCACUCCUCACUCCUCGCGCCUCGCGCCGCCCCAUCCCCUCAUCCCCAUCCCUUCGCAUGCCUACGAUCCCGGCUAGAUCUGCUCGACAGCUGAUACGCGAGGCGCAAGUACGCAUCUACAACGCUAUUCGAAAUCUGCCGGCUCGCAGAUC